GGCGGACGGUGGCUGCUGCUGCUGCUGGAUGCUUCCCUGCUGCUUGGGGCAGAGGACACCUCCACCACACCUGCGAAGGGCCGCCAAGGGAGCCCCCGCGCCCUCCUGCCGCCUGUGCCACGGAGCCAGCCCCCUGGCAAAUGCUGCGAAAUGGCCAAUGAAAACCACGGCACCUCUGCGGAGGAAGCUGCCCUGAUGAGCCGUUCUCCUGGCACUUCCCACCAGAGCCAGCCAAGCUCCCCAAAACCCAUCCGGCUGGUGCAGGAUUUGCCAGAUGAGCUGGUGCAGGCUGGCUGGGAGAAGUGCUGGAGCAAGCGUGAGAACCGCCCGUACUAUUUCAACCGCUUCACCAACCAGUCGCUCUGGGAGAUGCCGCUUCUGGGGCAACACGACGUCAUUUCGGACCCUCUUGGUCUGAAUGCAGCUCCGAUGCCUGCAGAAGGGGGAGUUGGCGACGCCACCGCCGCUGAAGACAAGGUGCGGAAACGGAGGCCUUCCGAGGAGGUCCAGCUCAGUGGUAACAGCGUGAAGAAGCCCAAGGUCGAGAUCCCAGGAAACCCCCCAGCUCAGCCAGCCCCUAACACUCCCAGUACCCCUGGGACUCCCCUGCUGAAGUUGUGGGGCGUGUCUCCUGAAGACAAGCAGGCGGCCCUCUUGCGACCAACCGAAGUGUACUGGGACUUGGACAUCCAGACGAACGCCGUGAUUAAGCAGCGAGCGCCCUCCGAGGUGCUGGCCCCCCACCCGGAGGUGGAGCUUCUCCGGUCCCAGCUGAUGCUGAAGCUGCGCCAGCAUUACCGGGAGCUCUGCCAGCAGCGGGAGGGGAUCGAUCCUCCGCGAGAAUCCUUCAAUCGCUGGAUGCUGGAGCGGAAGGUGGUGGACAAAGGGACGGAUCCCCUGUUGCCGAGCAGCUGCGAGCCGGUCGUGUCCCCUUCCAUGUUCAGAGAAAUCAUGAAUGACAUUCCCAUCAGGUUGUCCCGAAUCAAGUUCCGUGAAGAAGCCAAGCGGCUGCUGUUCAAAUACGCCGAGGCUGCGAAGAGACUCAUUGAAUCCAGGAGCGCCUCUCCGGACAGCAGGAAGGUGGUGAAGUGGAACGUGGAGGACACCUUCAGCUGGCUGCGGCGAGACCACUCCGCCUCAAAAGAGGACUACAUGGACCGCCUGGAGCACCUGCGCAAGCAGUGCGGGCCCCACGUGUCUGCUGCAGCCAAGGACUCCGUGGAAGGCAUUUGCAGCAAAAUCUACCACAUCUCCCUGGAGUACGUCAAGCGCAUUCGAGAAAAGCACCUGGAAAUCCUCAAGGAGCACAACAUGUCUGCGGAGGUCGAGGCUGCAGAGGCCCAGGAACGGCUCAUCUACUGCUACCCGGUGAGGCUGGCUGCCCCUUCUCCCCCGCUGCCCAACGUGGAGAUGCACAUGGAAAACAACGUGGUGUGCGUGCGCUACAAGGGCGAGAUGGUGAAAGUCAGCCGCAACUACUUCAGCAAGCUGUGGCUGCUUUAUCGGUAUAGCUGCAUCGAUGACUCUGCCUUUGAGCGGUUUCUGCCGAGGGUUUGGUGCCUUCUCCGCAGAUACCAGAUGAUGUUUGGCGUGGGGCUCUACGAAGGGACCGGCCUGCAGGGGGCGCUCCCGGUGCAAGUCUUCGAAGCUCUCCACAAGCUCUUUGGCGUGAGCUUUGAGUGCUUUGCCUCCCCCCUGAACUGCUACUUCAAGCAGUACUGCUCGGCCUUCCUAGACACAGAUGGGUAUUUCGGAUCCAGGGGUCCCUGCCUGGAUUUCUUCCCCAUCAGUGGCUCGUUUGAGGCAAACCCUCCGUUCUGCGAGGAGCUGAUGGAUGCCAUGGCGUCUCACUUUGAGAAACUGCUGGAGACCUCCAAGGAGCCCUUGUCCUUCAUCGUCUUCAUCCCUGAGUGGCGGGACCCCCCGACGCCCGCCCUGACGCGCAUGGAGCAGAGCCGGUUCAAGCGGCACCAGCUCAUCCUGCCUGCCUUUGACCACGAGUACCGCAGUGGCUCCCAACACGUCUGCAAAAAAGAGGAGAUGUACUACAAAGCGGUGCACAACACAGCUGUCCUUUUCCUGCAAAAUAACUCUGGCUUUGCCAAGUGGGAGCCCACGCAAGAACGGCUGCAGGAGCUUGUCACCGCCUAUAAGCACUCAGGACGGACCCUGGCCUCCUCCACCUCCUCCUCCUCCUCCUCCUCCUCCACUUCAGACAAGGAUCGAGAGACAGUUCGGGAGCAAAGCGCGAGCCAGGAGACGACCCCUAAUUAACGGCGGAUGGACUGGCUGGGCUGGCAGGCGAUGUGGGGGCAGAAAUGCUCCGUGGGGUGGAGCGGGGAGGACCACUGCCCCCCGAAGCACUGUUGGGGGGAGGGGUUUGCUCUGCAGCACUUGCCGUCCUCCUCAGCUCUGCAAGCCCUCGCCGUGGGACAUCGCCCUCCUGUGCCCUGGCUGGCCAGGCAGGUUGCCGGCCUCUUGGCGCAGCGAGGAGGAGGGUGCUCGCCGCCCCCCUGCUGUGUUGCAGCUCCCAGGAGGAGCCCACUCAAGGUGUGGCAGGUGGUACGGACAGCAAGGUGCAGGGUCCUGGCGGCCGGGCCUGCUGAAUGGGAGGCAAAGCGGUGGCCCAGCCUUGCAGCCGGAGCGGGGCCUUCUUUCCCUCGCGAGGGGGUGGGAGUGAGGAGGGGGACGGGCUGCCCUGCGCGCUGGGGCCGUGUGUCCCCUCCGGCCUCGUGUCUAUAGUGUAAAUACGUGUCCGUGUGGAGACUCCGCUCCCUGACGGGCCGUUCUGUUGCCUCGUCCCGGUUCCCCCCCCAGGUGUCCCAGUUGCGUGUUUUCACUGAUGCUGUUUACUGUAAACCGCAGAGCAAAGGACUUCCUUUGUGUGUGUACAGAGGUCUUGGCUGCCGUUUUGUAGUCGUCACGGUUUCUAUCUGAAGCUCCGGGCUUUCUUGGAGUUUUUUUUUUUUAAGGAUUUAAUUUAACAGCGCUAACCAUUUUAUUACUUUUAUCAAAGAGCAAAGGAAAGUCUAUUUUUGAUUUUGUUUCCUAGUUCUUAGGGACAUUAAAACCAGCAUUAAAGUG